CAAACCUCAAAAGGCGUUUGAAGAGAUUUGCAUGUGGAAGCUUGACAUUAACGUCAGAUAUUCUGACACUUAAUCAGUGUUAAAUUUCCAUUAUGCUCCUCUGGAUUUCUGGGCUGAUUCUUAGGUGUGCUUGGUCAAGGAAGUAAAUGGUUGGCUUGGGGUUUCAAUGCCAUCUGUUUCAAGACAUUGAUCCUCCUCCCACAGGGUGUACAGUGAUCCAUUGAUCUGCUUUGAAGUACUGCCAGACGGUGUGAUCACUACCCUUUACACUUGGUUUGUUAUGAAAUGCCUUUUACUGCAAACUGUGUCCGAACUUGUACAGCUAAACAAAAUGCGUAAUGCUAACAGAACCUUUUCUAAAAUUGCAUGUCUUCUUGUUUUCAGAAAAGCAAAACAAAUAACUCUUUAAUAGUUGAUGUAGUCUCGGGGGACCGUAUUCAUAUCCCAUUUGCAAAGAAGAAGAAAGUCUGUCUUUGUACACAACCUGCUUUUGUUUCGUAUCCAUAAAGAGUCACACAAUCUGUCCAGUCCAGCCCUCCUGCGUCUUGAUAACCCUCCGUGUUUUGUUCUUUCAUUGGUGUGAAGGUGCCGAAGUUGGGCCACAUUAGCAAUAAAAAAGAGAGGCUGUAAACACCACCAGUCCCUGCUUGGUUGGGAUGGAGUGAAGAAUCAUCACAGUCUACAUAACCAGCAUGCCAUCCGCUGAUCUCAUCCUGGUGACCACUGUCUUUAUGGCCUUCAUUGUUACGCUCACGUCUGGUGCCAGGACCACACACUGGCCCAAACCUCAGAACACCAACAAGCCUCCUCAAACUGGGACUGGUGGCUUAGGUGGAGGAGGAAGGUCUGGACAGAUUGCGACAAAAAACCCGUCUAUCUCCAGCAGCCUGCACACAGAGGAAACAACUGGGUUUAUGACGGACGGAUACUCCCUGUCCCCAACAGACAGCAGCACCGUCAACAGUGAGGCUUACCCAACCGAGUACCUCGCUGAUGCAAUCCUGCCCCCUGGAAACGCCCCAGGAAAUUAUACUUUUGACUACAAUGAAUGCUUCUUCAAUAUGUGUGAGUGCUGUCCGCCAGAGAAAGGUCCCAAAGGACCGACUGGUGAACAGGGGCCGCCGGGGGAAAGGGGCCCUCCAGGGUUACCAGGAGAAAAGGGAGAAAUUGGACCCCAGGGUUCUCCAGGACCAGCUGGGUUACCUGGGCUCAGUGGAUUAAAUGGCGAGAAAGGUGAAAAAGGAGAUCCAGGGCCAAGCGGUUUACCGGGCUCCCCUGGACUGCCAGGGAAACCUGGAGAGAAAGGUGAUUUGGGCCUCAAAGGAGAGAAAGGUGAAAAUGGGAUCAAUGGGCUGAAAGGAGACACAGGAGAAAAAGGAGAGCCUGGUCACAAUGGAACUAUGGGCACCGUUGGGCCUAUGGGUCCCCCAGGGACAGCUGGGACAAAGGGUCAGAAAGGUGAACAGGGACGUUUGGGAGAAUGUCUACUUGGUGAGAGAGGACAGAAAGGUGAUCUUGGUGAUCCUGGGCCUCCUGGUCCAAAAGGUGAGAUGGGUCCUCAAGGAGCAAAGGGCAGUGAUGGUUCAAAAGGAGAAAUGGGGCCAGCAGGAGAGAAGGGAGACGUCGGCGCAAGAGGGCCUCCAGGUGCAAGAGGAGUAGCAGGAAUGAGGGGGGAGAGGGGAGUUAAAGGCGUACGGGGCCCCCGGGGCCCAAAAGGCGAUCCAGGUGAGAGUCUGGAGCCGGCUCGAUCUGCUUUCAGUGUGGGUUUGUUCCCAAGUCGGUCCUUUCCUCCACCCGGUCUGCCUGUGAAGUUUGAUAAGGUCUUUUACAAUGAGGAGGGUCACUGGGACCCGGCACUCAACAAGUUCAACGUCACACUCUCGGGAGUCUACUUACUCACUUAUCACAUCACUGUGCGCAACCGGCCCCUGCGGGUUGCCCUGGUGGUUAACGGGGUACGGAAAGUGAGGACGCGAGAUUCCCUUUACGGCCAGGACAUCGACCAGGCUUCCAACCUCAUCCUGAUGCAGCUCAGCGAGGGAGAUCAGGUGUGGCUGGAGACCCUGAGGGACUGGAACGGGGUUUACUCCAGCAGCGAGGACGAUAGCACCUUCUCCGGCUUCCUGAUUUACCCAGACUCGACUACAAAAGCAAGUGCUAUGAAAAAGAUUUGAGUGCAACUUCUAACUUUACAACUGUCUUAUUUUAGCUGUAGCUUGUAGAGGGAUAUCUCUCAGCUUAUGUUUCUGUAAAAUGUUGCAGCUUAAAAUUCUUUUUUCUUCUUUUUUAAAGAGUUACUCUGAUCAAGCCAAUUGCUUUGCAUGUUUUAUUACACUAGGAGAGAGCAUCAUUUUUUAUUUCAGAUUUUGUUGGUUGAAACUGCAUUAAAAUUACUCUGCUUGAAAGAACA